AUGUCCUCCGAUCUAGUUAGCAAGGGCAUGGCCCAAGUAUUCACUGGGCUUGGAAUUCUGCUUGGCGCUGGUCGAAUUUCCAGCGCCACUCAUGAAGAGAUCAUGGCUCUUCUCAGUGCCGACCCGGGCUCCAACACGGGUAUUAUGACGGGAACUAACACGGGGUCUACCUCGAUUAUUCCCACCCAAAGCAAGAGGGUGGACAUGGGAGAGAUUCCCGCCGGAUUGCCCCGUCCCGGAAAGGAGACACCUGUCUCCAUCCAGUCGCAUGAUCUCUUGGGUCUAGGAGCAGACCUAUCGACUGAGGCAGUGCAGCCUCCUGAGACUUUCCGGGCCCAGGCCAGCCCUAGUGCUCCUUCUAAGGAGCUUAAGAUAAUCUGCCCGUGGUGGCUUACCGACGGUUACUCGUGCCGUGAACACGACCAGGGCAAAUGCCCUUUCUACCACGACAACGUCGCUGGGGGUGUUAAGCACCCUCUAAUCUGCCACUUCUGGGCAGAUGGAGGAAGGUGCACUAAAAGCCAGAAGGACUGUCGCUUUGCGCACUACCCGGCCCCGCAUCGGGUUACAGCUCCCAUGCCAUCGAAGAAGAAGUCUAAGAAGCUUCGGUCUUCUGUCGCGGACGACGCCAGCCAUCCCGACUUGGGCAAGGCACGCCGUCACGACCCACGAGAUGACGAGCAGAACGAUGAAGUCUGGCGCAACCAAGGUCGUGCUCGUCCCGGCCAAGAGUGGUAG